UCACGUCCGGAAAAAAAAGCUGCCAGAUAACGUUGGGAUUUAAUCAAAAACCUACCAGCCCGGGGCAGCAAGGGACUAAUUGUGACUACUUCUUUUCUUAUGUGCCCUGUGGGGAUAGGCAGUAUAAAAUGGGAAGUGCUACACGUCUUAUCCAUCUCCUAGAUACUGGAUCUCGAGAGGGAGAUCAUGAUUAAGUGGAUUUUAACGCGGAAUUAGCCCCGGCUUCCCCCUACGUAACAAGUUUUUUUUUGAGAAACAUAUAAGGUGAGAGAACUUCUUUAUAGGCCCCUCUGCGCUAACUAACAGGCCGAGGAGGUGUCGGCUCCUUUCCUACUCUCAGCUCCUCUUAUCAUCACUAACGUUACUUCAGAAACUAACAAGCCGGAAUAAUGUCUGGAGAGGUGCGUUUGAAGAAGCUGGAGAAGCUGAUCCUGGACGGGCCAGCUCAGGCUAAUGGCCAGUGUCUCAGUGUGGAGACGCUGCUGGAUAUCUUGGUGUGCCUCCACGAUGAGUGCAACAACUCCCCGCUCAGAAGAGAGAAAAAUGUCCUGGAGUUUUUGGAUUGGGCCAAACCCUUCACGUCCAAAGUGAAGCAGAUGCGCCUUCACAAAGAAGACUUUGAGAUCCUAAAGGUGAUUGGACGAGGAGCAUUUGGAGAGGUUGCUGUUGUAAAAGUGAAAAACACUGACAAGGUAUUCGCUAUGAAGAUUCUCAACAAAUGGGAGAUGCUGAAACGAGCUGAGACGGCAUGUUUUCGGGAGGAGCGGGACGUGUUGGUAAAUGGAGACUGCCAGUGGAUCACCACCCUGCACUAUGCCUUCCAGGAUGACAAUAAUCUGUACCUGGUCAUGGACUACUAUGUGGGUGGUGACCUGCUGACCCUGCUCAGUAAGUUUGAGGACCGACUGCCAGAGGAGAUGGCCAAAUUCUACCUGGCUGAGAUGGUGUUGGCCAUUGACUCUGUUCACCAGCUACACUAUGUCCACAGGGACAUUAAGCCCGACAACAUUCUGCUGGAUAUGAACGGCCACAUCCGCCUUGCUGACUUUGGCUCCUGCCUCAAACUCAUGGAGGAUGGGACGGUCCAGUCCUCCGUGGCGGUGGGGACUCCAGACUACAUCUCCCCAGAAAUCCUUCAGGCUAUGGAGGAUGGCAAAGGCAAGUAUGGGCCUGAGUGCGACUGGUGGUCCCUGGGCGUCUGCAUGUACGAAAUGCUGUACGGUGAGACUCCUUUCUACGCAGAGUCCCUGGUGGAAACCUAUGGGAAGAUCAUGAACCACAAGGAGCGAUUUCAGUUCCCACAGCAGAUAGCAGAUGUGUCAGAGGAAGCAAAGGAUCUGAUUCGCCGGCUCAUUUGCAGCCGAGAGCACCGACUGGGCCAGAAUGGCAUUGAGGACUUCAAGCAACACCCCUUCUUCGCUGGCAUCGACUGGGACAAUAUCCGCACAUGUGAGGCCCCCUACAUCCCUGAGGUCAGCAGCCCUACAGAUACCUCCAACUUUGACGUGGAUGAUGACUGUCUAAAAAACUCGGAGACUAUGCCCCCUCCUUCUCACACUGCCUUCUCUGGUCACCACCUGCCCUUUGUGGGCUUCACUUAUACAAGUAAAUGCACCCUGUCUGACCGAGGUUGUCUGAGACAGCUGGCAGCAGAGCCAGGUAAGGCAGGUCAGGAUCAGUUGGACCGGGAUGUCCAGCGCAGCUUAGAAGACAGCCUGGCCACUGAGGCCUACGAGAGGAGGAUCCGCCGGCUGGAGCAGGAAAAACUAGAGCUGAGCCGCAAACUGCAAGAAUCGACUCAGACAGUGCAGGCACUGCAGCAUCCAACAGGCGAGGGCCCCCUCAGCGCUAACAAGGAGGUGGAGAUCAGGAGUCUGAAGAGCGAGAUCGACAUCCUCAAGAAGCAGAUUGCUGACUCGGGUCAGUUAGAGAAGAAGUUGGAGGAUGUGACGCUGGCCCGUAGAGACCUGGAGGACUCAUCUAAACACAUUAAAACUCUAGAGAAACAGAUGAAGAGCCUUACACAGGAGAGGGAUGAUCUCCAGAAGGACCUUGUGGAGACCAAUGAGAAGCUGAAGUCCCAGUCAAAAGAGCUGAAGGAUGCCCACAGUCAGAGAAAACUGGCCAUGCAGGAGUUUUCAGAGCUCAAUGAGAGACUCACUGACUUCAGGUCACUGAAGCAGCGCCUGGUUCGCCAGUUGCGUGAUAAGGAGGAGGAGAUGGAGAGCCAGAGUCAAAAGAUUGAGGCUCUCCGUAUUGAGGUGCGAAAGGCUGAGAGGACUAAGAAGGAGAUGGAGGCACAGGCAGAGGAGCAGGCAGCCGAGGCUCAGAAAGAGAGGAAGUUGAGAGAACGGAAUGAGCAGUAUAGCCGACAGCUAGAGGAGGAGUUGGAGGGCCUUAAGUUGAAGCAGAGCGGUCCCUCUGCCACCAUGGGUUCAGUAGACCAGACCCAGGAGGUGGGGCGACUCCGGGGAGACCUAGAGAAGAAGACACUCCUGUAUGAGGAGGAGUUGGCUCGUAGGGAGGCGCAGCAUAGCACUGAGCUGAAGGCUCUGCGCAAGGAGCUGAGGGAUGCUGAGAGCCAGCAUCUCGCCCUGCAGAAAGAGAUCCUAAUGCUCAAGGACAAGCUGGACAAGACUCGCCGUGAGAGCCAAAGCGAACGGGAAGAGUUUGAGACGGAGUACAAGCAGAAAUACGAGAGAGAAAGAGUCCUUCUUAUUGAAGAGAAUAAGAAGCUGUCCAAUGAACUGGACAAGCUGGCAAGUACGUUUGAGAGGGUGAGCAGCUCCAACCGGCAGCUGGAGGACGAGAUGAGGGAGCUGGCUGACAAAAAGGAGAGUGUAGCUCACUGGGAGGCCCAGAUCACAGAAAUUAUUCAAUGGGUGAGUGAUGAGAAGGAUGCUCGGGGCUACCUGCAGGCUCUGGCCACUAAGAUGACUGAGGAGUUGGAGGGACUGAGAAACACCAGCUUAGGAGCGAGAGCCACGGACAUGCCGUGGAAGAUGCGCCGCUUCGCCAAGCUGGACAUGUCGGCCCGUUUGGAGCUGCAGUCUGCCCUGGACGCUGAGAUCAGGGCCAAGCAGGGCAUUCAGGAUGAACUGAACAAGGUCAAGGCCAACAAUAUCUCCACAGAAUGUAAACUACAGGAGGUGGAGAGUAAAAACCAGGAACUCCUGGCUGAGAUUGACAGGCUGAAAAAGGAGACAGAGGAGCUGCGGCUACGCAGGGGUGUCAAGCACCAGGAUUCCCAGAAUUCCUUCUUAGCCUUUCUCAAUGCCCCGACCUCAGCGCUUGACCAGUUUGAUCGCUCGCCAUCCGUUGGCCCAACUAGCAAAGGCAGACGUGUGGACUCAAUGGAUAACUUCACUCCAUCUAACACUCCGUCUCGGGAAGAUGACCCUAAAUCUCUCCUGAAGUCCCGCUCACGUUCACCCUCCAUGGCCAGUGAUGUGGAGCCCAUAGAGUUGAUAGACCACCCUCCUCGUACAGUCCAGACCCCGACCAUGCGAUCAGGAGGGUACGGCAGUAUUGGACGCUCCUCACCCAAGCCCAAAGCACAUCAGUUUGUGGUGAAGUCAUUUAACACGCCGACCAAGUGUAACCAGUGCACUUCUCUCAUGGUGGGGCUGAUACGUCAGGGUUGCACCUGUGAAGUGUGUAACUUCUCCUGCCAUGUAACUUGUGCAGACAAGGCUCCGGCUGUGUGUCCCGUACCCCAGGACCAGACCAAGGGUCCCCUGGGUAUCGACCCCCAGAGGGGUAUUGGUACUGCAUAUGAAGGGCACGUGAGGGUGCCCAAACCAACAGGGGUGAAGAAGGGUUGGCAGAGGGCGAUGGCUGUGGUGUGUGACUUUAAACUGUUCCUCUAUGAACUGGGAGAAGGAAAAGCUACACAACCAAGUGUAGUAGUCAGCCAAGUCAUAGAUAUGAGGGAUGAAGAGUUUUCCGUCAGCUCUGUCCUGGCCUCUGAUGUCAUCCAUGCCAACCGAAAGGACGUUCCCUGCAUAUUCAGGGUGACAGCGUCCCAGCUCUCCCCCUCCAGCAGCCACAAACCCUCCAUCUUGAUCCUGGCCGACAGCGACCAGGAGAGGAACAAGUGGGUGGGCCUUCUCAAUGAGCUCCAUCGCAUCCUCAAGAAAAACAAGCUCAAGGAGCGCUUUGUCUAUGUCCCCAAGGAGGCCUACGACAGCACCCUGCCGCUCAUCAAGACGACUCAGUCUGCUGCUAUCAUCGACCACGAGCGUAUUGCCCUGGGCAAUGAGGAAGGCCUCUUUGUCAUCCAUGUCACCAAAGAUGAAAUAAUCCGGGUUGGAGACAACAAGAAGGUGCACCACAUUGACUUGAUUCCCCAGGAGCAGCUUCUGGCUGUCAUCUCUGGCAGGAACCGCCAUGUCCGCCUCUUCCCCACACAGGCCCUGGACGGACGUGAGACCGAGUCCUACAAGCUGGCUGAGACAAAAGGCUGCCAGACCAUCGUCUCUGGCCCCGUCCGCAACAGCUCAGUCACCUGCCUGUGCGUGGCCAUGAAGAGACAAGUCAUAUGCUAUGAGGUGAAUAAAAGUAAAACGCGCCACCGUCGGCUGCGGGAGCUGCAGGCCCCAGGGCCUGUUCAGUGGAUGGGUCUGCUCAGUGAGCGUCUGUAUGUGGGCUAUCAGUCUGGCUUCACCCGCUACAGUGUCCAUGGUGAUGUGUCCCCAGUCAGCCUGCUCCACCAGGAGGACCACACCCUGGCCUUUAUCCCUCAGCAGAGCCUGGAUGCCCUCUGUGCUGUGGAGAUUUCCAGCAAAGAGCUGCUGCUGUGCUUCAGCGCCAUUGCAGUGUAUGUGGACUCCCAGGGCCGCAGGUCACGUCAGCAGGAGCUGAUGUGGCCAGCUGUGCCCAACUCUGCAUGCUACAACGCUCCCUAUCUGUCAGUAUACAGUGAGAAUGCUGUCGAUGUGUUUGAUGUCAAUACUAUGGAGUGGAUUCAGACCAUCCCCCUCAAGAAGGUGCGACCUCUGAACAUUGACGGCUCUCUGAACCUGCUGGGACUGGAGACGGUCCGACUUAUCUACUUUAGAAACAAGAUGGCCGAGGGGGAUGAGCUGGUCGUCCCGGAGACAUCAGACAACAGCAGGAAGCAGAUGGUGCGCAGCAUGAACAACAAGAGACGCUUCUCCUUCAGGGUGCCUGAAGAAGAGCGGCUUCAGCAGAGGAGAGAGAUGCUGCGAGAUCCAGAGAUGAGGAACAAGCUGAUCUCCAAUCCCACCAACUUCAACCAUGUAGCCCACAUGGGACCAGGAGAUGGGAUCCAGAUCCUUAAAGACCUGCCCAUGGAGAGCCGUGCCGGCUUCAGUGGUUCAGUCAGCAUCCCUUCCAUCACAAAGACCCGGGCUGAGCCGGGCCGCUCCAUGAGCGCCAGCAGUGGACUGGGCAUACGCGCGUCCUCCCAGAAUGGCAGCGCACUGCGCAGGGACCUGUCAGGGGGCACCUAUGCAUCGAAACGUCAGACCAUGACCUCCCCCUCUGAGAGCUCCCUGUCCUCUGGUGGAGGAAUGGACUGUGGUGACGCCCCCCUCUCACAGUUUGACAGAGAGGACUCGGACUCCCCCCGUCACUCCACGGCUUCCAACAGCUCCACCUUCAGCAGCCCCCCCAGCCCGGCCUCGCCACACAAGACCAAGUCCCUGUCCCUGGAGAGCACAGACCGGAUGACCUGGGACACAUGAGCCCCUGCUAGCCUCUCACCCGCCCAGCAGCACAGGACUUCAAACCCCCUCCCCCCACCACAGCCUCUCACCCCUUUUCUGAAUAGUCCCCGUCACUGCCCAGAGGAGUGUGCCUCCUGUCCACUGCACCCUCCUGGUGAACAGUUGUUCCACUCUACAACCUCAGCUUGUUUCUCGCCGUACUUCCAAGACGGGGCAGAAACACUAAGAAAUCAAUCGUCUCGUUGAAAGAGAAGUUAUCAUGAAUUAGUAGCAGUGUACGUUGAGGGUGUAGAUGUCUGGGUGUGUGUGUGCGAGAGAGAGAGAAGCUGUAUACACUUGCCAGUACGUAUGCAUGUGUUUAUCCAGAAAGGGUAUAUUAUAUAGGAAUGGAAAGCUCCCGUCUCUGUUUGCUCUCAGCAGAAGUGGCAGUGCUCUGCAGCCCCCCCCC